AUGAGUCACCUCUGGAAAUAUUAUCUCGAAGAUGACGUCAAUAAAUUUCGACAUUUACUGGCAAAUGGCACCAAUCCACCGCAGCAUACGUUGAAAGGCCAUGGUGGAGGACCGGCGUUCUCCAGUAGCUUUGGGAAUAAGAUAGGAAGUUCAGGCGGCUUCGGAACAUCGCCAAAGACUUUCAGUAAGAACCGCAAAGUCUCUGGUCUGGCUGGAAACAUAAGUGGAAAUAGAGGGCAAGGCAAUACGCUUGGUAGGGUGGAAUCGAAUAGCAGAGAUCAUGCUGGAUUAACAGUCUUGCACCGAGCUGCAUCGUCGACAUCUCCGAAUGCAAUAAAUUUUGCCGCCGCCCUCAUCGAACAUCCUUCCAUCGACCUCUAUAUACAAGAUACAGAAAACGGAUGGACAGCAUUGCAUAGGGCUUUGUAUUUUGGUAACGUCACAAUUGCUCGAGCAAUUAUUGAGCGAGACUCGAAGGAUCGUGCCGCUGGAAAUACAGGAUCCAGGCCGGACUCUUCAGUUAUCAAGGUCAAGGACCGAGAGGGGAACACCCCGUUCGAUGUAUACAACGCGACAAUCGCAGAACGAUCUUUAAUAGGCAGAACAGAGCAGGAAUCACUUCACUUUGGGACUGAUGUCUCAGAUGAUGGAUCAUUCGAUCGAUCGUUUGAUUUGCAGUCGAGUAAAUCAUUAGAGCUCACAAGUAUCGAUGGCGACGAACUUUUUGCAUUUGGCAGUAACAAGAACUUUUCAUUGGGUUUCGGUGAUCAGGAUGAUCGGCAGCAUCCGGAGAAGAUAACGCUGAAACGUCCUGACCAUUUGCUCUUUCGAUUUUAUCAAGAAUUCUUGGACUCUGAUGAUAACAAAAAUUUCGUCGGGAACCGAAAGAUACCUAAAACAGUAUCUGAGCUUCCUUCAAUGCUCCAGGAUAAACCUAUCGUCAUACAAGAUGUUGCUCUUUCCAAGCUAAGUAGCGCUGUAUUGACCACAGAUCCAGAAUCAAACCUUUAUAUGUGUGGCUUUGGCCCAGGAGGUAGAUUAGGCAUGGGAGACGAAAUCACUCGCUUCAAUUACGUACCAGUAGACCAGGGUCACUUGGCAAGGAAGAAAGUCGUAGCUGUCGCUCUCGGCCAAAAUCAUACCCUUGCCGUCUCAUCGGAAGGAGAGAUCUUCAGUUGGGGCACAAAUAACUGGGGCCAAUUGGGCUACAACCUACCUCGACCUGCGCUUAAGGACCAGGAGCCGUUCUGCACAACCCCGCGCCAAAUCUUUGGACCCCUGAAAAGAGAAACCAUCGCUGGUAUUGCUGCAUCUGCUAUUCAUUCGGUGGCCUACACAUCUACCUCGCUGUUUUGCUGGGGUAAGAAUGAGGGACAACUGGGUCUUAUGGAUUCUGAUUCUCGAUCUUUGGAAGUCCAGCCAAUCCCCCGUAGAGUUGCGGCAUCGUUAUUCAAGUCAUCGAUUGUCAAAGUUUCGGCCAUCAAUGGUGCGACCUCGUGCCUAUUGGCAAACCAUACAGUUUGCGUGUUCACGAAUUAUGGCUAUAACAUGGUCAAAUUUCCAUUGUAUGAAAGUUUCACCAACCAUCACCUUCAAAGCAAUUCGCAUAGAACCACCCGGUCCGACAAUAGUAUCACUGCCAUUGAGUCUGGAGGAGAUACAAUUGCCGCUAUAUCUCGUAGAGGUGACUUGUUCACCUUAAAUGUAAGGAAGAUUGAUACGAAAGUUAUGGCGACUUCUACAACGAAUCCCUCCAAAAUCAAGGAAGCUUUGUCACAACCUCAGCGAGUCUGGACACUGCGCAAAGGUAAUUGGGAUGGAGUAAAAUCCGUUGGCGUCGCCGAGAAUGGAUCCGUCAUAGUUUGUACUCAGGCUGGUGCCGUCUGGCGACGCAUCAAAAGAGCAAAGAAUAAGGAUGCUUUCACUGGGAAUCGUGAUUACGACCGCAAAGAUUUCAAAUUUCAGCGAGUUCCUGGACUCACCAAAGUAGCUGCUGUCAGAAGUAAUCCUUUCGGUGUAUUUGCGGCCAUCCGUAAAGACUGCGACGUAACUAGGAUUGAAAUGGCAGUCGAAGAGCAUACAUUAUGGAAGGAUAUUGAACCUUUGCUAAGCAUUCGAGGCCUAUUGCCUUCAGAGGAAUCACAAAUCAGUUACCCGUCCCCGGACGAUGUUGAGGAAGAUGUGGCUUCGCUGCUUAAGGAUCAGGAUCCUGAGAGUGGUGGCUAUGAUGUUGAGAUAUGUUCCAGCAUAUCUGACACUGCAAUACCUGUCCACGGCUUCAUGCUAGGAAGCAGAAUUCCUGUCCUAAGAUCACUCUUAGUCGAAUUUCGUCGCCGUGGAACUGCUUCGCUAUCUGAUGUCCUCAAUAUUGAGAAGCGUGCAGGUGGCAGGAUAAGAAUUAUCUUCAACGGCCUGGAAUUUAUCACUCUUGUCAAUCUUGCCAUAUAUCUUUACAUCGGCCGAACUGCUGACGUUUGGUUAUUCGCAUUUUGCAUCCCGCACAGGAGUUCCAAAUUUCAAUAUCUUAAGACCGAAAUGACGAUACUUGGAUCCCAGUUGAAAAUUCCCUGGUUGGAACUUAUUCCAUCUGGUUUUAGAGAUCGCGCGGACCACUUAAGGUAUGACAUGGACAAUGCAAUCACAGACGAGACGUUCUUCGAUGAUUGCGAUGCUAUUGUUGAGUUGGAUGGAGGAAUGAUGCCUAUUCACAGUGUGCUUGUAUGCCAACGAUGUCCUUUCUUCGACGUUCUAUUUAAUGGUCGAAUCAGGGGACAAUGGCUUGCUAGUAGACGUGCAGAAAGCACAGGACCGGUCAGAAUCGAUAUGAAGCACAUUGCACCCGCGACUUUCGAUCUCGUACUGCGCUAUAUUUAUGCCGAUGUAGGACUUCAGCUUUUCGAUAACAUCGUCUCCACUGAUAUCGACGAAUUCUCGGAACUUGUUGUGGAUGUCAUGAGUGUUGCAAAUGAGUUGAUGAUGGAUAAGUUAUCUCAGGUCUGUCAACAAGUUCUAGGUCGUUUUGUCAAUACUCGAAAUGUCUGCAGUAUCGUCAACGCUGUGGCACCUUUCUCAGUCACCCAGCUUAAAGAUGCUGGCCUAGAGUAUAUGUGUUUGCAGCUGGAGUCAAUGCUCGAGAACCGUCUACUUGAUGGUCUUGACGAGGAUCUUAUUUUUGAAUUGGAUAAAGUUGUACGCGAUAACCAAUUGAACUGUCUGCCAUUUGCAAAAAGCGGCCGCGCUGAUAUAACACUGCACGGGUAUUAUCCCGAAUUAGCGGAGGACAUAGAUGAGGAAAGACGGCGCAGGUUAGGAGAUAUGAUGUUUCGUGCGUAUCUUAAAGAUGAUGAAAACAGAAUAUCUUCAUCGUUCAAAGCACGUAUGGGGAGUCUUGACGAUAAUGUACCUUCUCCUAGUAAUGAGAAAGCUAGGAGGAAAAUCAAGGCGGCCAAAUAUGAACCUUUCAGCCCAAGCAUACGUCCAAAGGAUUCUAUGGCGGACCUAAUGUUCGAUAUGGAUGACGAUGAAGAGUCUGGCCCUCUACCUAGUCUGAACUCGAUUUUCGACCUGACCUCUGCUUCUCCUGGUAGUCCAGCGACUCCAAGGUUUCCCACAACCAGUUCGACGCCCAAGAUUGUGCAGCCCGGAUCUCCCACAGAGCUAUCAAACUCUAUCGGAUUGGGAUUUCAACACAAUCCUGAUAUCCCUCAAACCGGAACUAAAACAUGGUCUUCUCCCAACCUUUCACUAAAGCUGGACAUGAAAGAGAUUAUGGCUCAGGCCUUUAUUCGUACUUCCAAUCUAUCAAUGAGUCUAUCGGCCGAAAGGGCCAAGGAUGAAGCAAAUGUCAUGUCAUCUACCCCAAGACUUUCACAGAAGGAACGUAAGAAGCAACAAGCAGCACUUCAGCAAACGAUUGCACAGACCCCUGUGGAGAAGGGUAAAGAUAAGGCAUCAUCUCCUUGGCAAGUUGCAGGUGUGGGUUCAAGAGCAAGUCUUAAGGAUAUUCUUGACAAGGAGAACAAAUCUUCACAAUCACCUCUAGCACCAAAGUCAGCAGUCUCACCAGCAGUUACUCCAUCAAUUACGCGACGAACUGCGUAUCCAGAUACUAGAUACGCCGGCCAAAAUAAGAAUACUAAUAACAGCAUUACGAAAGCACGGAGAUCAUCACCUGGUCCAUCGAGGCCAAAUUUGCCAGCACCGGCCAAACCUACUCCUCUCAUUCCUCAUUUCAAAUCAUAUACAGCACCAGCAGCAAAAGCGGAGCCGUCGCUGCUAUUAUCCAUGACUGAUAUCAUAGGAAUGCAACAAAGAGAGCAAGAAGUGAUUAAAGAAGCAGUGGCCAAAAGAAGUCUUAACGAAAUUCAAGAAGAACAAGCUUUUCAAGAAUGGUGGGAUCAAGAAAGUAAAAGGGCGCAAGAGGAGGAAACUUUGAGGACGAAGGCUUCUACUAGUGGCACUGGAAGAGGUGGUGGGAAGUCUGGUGGUGGCAGAGGGAAGGGUGGAUCCAGAGGGAGAGGUGGGAGGGGAAGAGGUGGUAGUGGAGAUUCUGUCAGGGGUGGAAGUGGUACUAGUGGAAACGGGGGGGAAGGUGGAAAUGAAGGAAGGGGCAAGGGGAGAAUUUGA